AUGGCUGCUCUGCUCAUGGAUUUGCAGCUAUGGUUACCUGCACAAGAUCAAGCCACCAAGCAUGCCAACGGCCUUGGUGUGGGCAUUGGAGAAGUCAGCCUGAGUAUGAAUACCAUCAAGAUUGUCUUAAUAUGUGGAGCUUUACUGUUUUCCAAUAUUGUGGCAGAAAUUCAGAUAUUAAUCAACCCUGUGUAUUUGUCUGAAAAUAAGCUUCCUGGAACAGAACUAAGCCGUGCUUACGACAAAGAUGUGGCUGGAAAACCAAAUGCCUACCGCUUUUUGAAUAAAACUAAAGAUUUUGUCAUCGAUGCAAAUUCUGGCGUCAUCACAGCUACAAAAAUCUUUAAUUAUGAAACGGAUCCAACCAAGUUUCUAUUUAUAGUUGAUACUGGAGGAAUCAUGAGACAUGUUUUGACUGUUAAUAUAAUCGAUGUUCCAGAACCUCCAGACUGUACUGCUGACCCCCUCUUUUCUUCAGGUUCAGCUACAUUUGAAAUAGCUGAAGAUUAUCCACUCUUUCAAUCCAUUUAUAAAGUGAAUGUCACAGAUGAAGACAUUGCACAUGGUGACAGGCUCACAUACAACAUUGAGACAGAAUUAUCUGGACCAAAGAGGGGAGCAAACUCCUUUGGAGUAGAUCCUGUAAAUGGUAUUAUUAGCCUAAGAGGUGAAGAUGCCUUGGACUUUGAUGCUGGAUACCAUACUUUCCAGCUUUCAGUGAGAGCAACAGAUUCAGCAGGCUUGUUCUGUCAAGGAACGAUAAUUAUCAAUAUUCGAGACAUAAAUGAUGAGACGCCUCAGUUUGAACCAUUUCCUAUGGAUUCAAUUAAUGUGACUGAAAAGAAACCCAUUGGAGAUUUUGUAGCAAGAGUAAAAGCAACAGACCGUGAUAAAGACAGCAGCAUCAUAUAUUCCUUUAAAACCCAGCAGGAAGUGUUUGGUUUAGAUCCUUUCACAGGUAUAAUCACUGUUCUUCAGUCUUUGAAUCUUGACAACCCAAGUAACCCCAGAACCUACUCUUUAGAAAUUGAGGCGAGGGAUGAUGGCAAUAACACCAGCUCAUAUGUGUUCACAGUUUUUGUGGAGAAUGUUGAUGAUCCUAUUUCCUGUGAUUCCAAUUUUGCAACAGGUGCAGGCGUUUCUGUGUCUGUUGCCGAAAAUAUCCCCUCCUCUGCUUUUAUAUAUGCAAUUCUUUCAAGAGAUCCAGAUUUGGGACAAGAAGUUGAAUUUUUCCAGUUAGUAAUUGCUGUGAGAAAUAGGGACAGCCUGUCUCUGGAGUCAUGUGUCGGCACCAUCACUAUAAACAUCCAAAAUGUUAAUGACGAGAGUCCUGUUCUGAUAUACAGUCCUGAUGCACCUAUAAGUAUUAAUGAAAAUCUGCCUGUGGGAACAAAGUUGGCCAAGUUCAUGGCAACAGAUAGAGAUAUAGAGGAUGAUGUACAUUAUGAACUUAUAGGUACACAGAAAGAGUUUGCUAUAAAUGAAGACUUGGGAGAUGUCACUGUUGCCUAUCCUUUAGACUAUGAAGAUGAAACAACCCCCAAGUCUUGGGUAUUAUAUGUUAGAGUUUAUGACAAUGAUAAAACACAUUCAACAACUGGGACAUUCACAGUGAUUCUACAGGAUGUAAAUGACAACCCUCCUCGAUGCUCACAGGAUAUUUACGUAAUUGAACUUCCUGAGAACACCCCAGUUGACACCUCUUUAGUGUCCCUAACUUGUACAGAUCGGGAUGGAACUAUUCCCAACAACAAUAUAACUUAUCAUUUGAUGAAAGACGCCUUUUCAAAUAAAACCUUUACUAUGACAAACAAUGAAGUGAAAGUUGGACCUAUGCAUCUAGAUUAUGAUAAUAGUGUUUUUUCAGCAAUGGACUUUAAAUAUACAUUGUUUGUAAGAGUCUCUGAUGAAGGAAUUCCUGUGCUCUCAACCAUCAUUAGAAUCAUAUUAAGGGUGAGACGCAUAAAUGAACUUAAUCCUAUUGGAACUAUGAUGUCAUUUACCUUCAGUGUAUUUGAAAACAGUCCAAUUGAUACACUAGUUGGAAAAAUUACAUAUACAGAUGGAGACUGGCCAUUUAACAAUGUACAAUAUGCCAUUGUUGGAGGCAACUUUGGAAUACCACCCAAAUUUUACAUUGAAUCAGAUUCAGGAAUUAUAAAGCUGUUGAAUUCACUGGACAGGGAAGCAGUUUCACAGUAUAAGAUAACUGUGAGAAUCACAGAUGUGGCCAAUGAUGCUCUCCCUGACCCUCUCAGACAGAGAAGUGCUACUGCUCAGGUGACCAUCCAUGUUCUGAAUGUGAAUGAUGAGCCUCCUGUUUGUACACCACCACAUUUAGAAAUUCAGACGUAUGCCAACUUUAGGGGUCCUUUAAUUCGCCUCAAUUGCUUAGACAAGGAUUCUCCACAGGAUCAUCUAAGCUAUUCCAUCACAGGAGGAAACACAAAUAAUCAGUUCACACUUUGGAGAGAAGGCACUGAGUCUCCAUCACUGGCCACUGGGCAGAAUUUCCAGGAUUAUCUAUUUCAAGGAAUUCAAGAUGGAGUGACGUUCCAGUUACUUAUUGAAGUCACUGAUGAAUUGGGUGAGAAUCCAGUUAGUCAGUUGACCGCCACUACUACAGUCAUAAUUCAUGUGCUUCCCUGGACCACAGCACAGCCAACUUCUUCCAGAGAAACAACUCCAACUACAAUUACUACCUCUGUCCUAAGGAAGAUCUCCUACUAUUGGAGGCCUGACACUUGGUUUCCAGCUGUCGUCACUCUAACGGGAGCUCUCUUUGUGAUGUGUCUGUAUGCAGUUGCAUGGUGCCUCUUCAAAAAUGUUCCUGCCUACUCAAGACAUUUUCCUCAGUGUCAUGGACAUCAGAGUCAGCCAUGUCUCAAUGAAAAGGAACUGAGGUAUGAAAAUUCACUGAGUGUUGUCACCCAACUGAAUUCAAGACCACACUUGCUGCCUGGGAAUGAUAAAGUAAGGACAAAGACAAUAAAGAAAUUCCAUAGAGUUUAG